AUUAACGCCUUUUCUGAUUGGUACAGACGUCACCUUGCGUAAUGACAUCACGAGGCGGCGAAGCUGCUAUAAGAGCGCGACCAAGGCGCACGCGGCUCUUUUCCUCAGUUACCGGGAUCUGCUCGCAGGCGGGAAAGCGGAGCCAGCAUGCCGGUGGCAAGAAGCUGGGUUUGUCGCAAAACCUACGUGACCCCUCGGAGGCCCUUCGAGAAAUCCCGCCUUGACCAAGAACUGAAGCUGAUCGGCGAAUACGGUUUGCGGAACAAGCGCGAGGUCUGGAGGGUCAAGUUUACUCUGGCCAAGAUCCGCAAGGCCGCCCGGGAGCUGCUGACGCUGGACGAAAAGGACCCGCGGCGUCUCUUCGAAGGCAACGCUCUCCUGCGACGACUUGUCCGCAUUGGUGUGCUGGAUGAGGGCAAGAUGAAGCUGGAUUACAUCCUGGGCCUCAAAAUCGAGGACUUCCUGGAGAGGCGCCUGCAGACCCAGGUCUUCAAGCUGGGUCUGGCCAAGUCUAUCCACCACGCCCGUGUGCUCAUCCGCCAGCGCCACAUCAGGGUCCGCAAGCAGGUGGUGAACAUCCCGUCCUUCAUCGUGCGCCUGGACUCCCAGAAGCACAUCGACUUCUCUCUGCGCUCCCCAUAUGGGGGAGGCCGCCCGGGCCGUGUGAAGAGGAAAAAUGCCAAAAAGGGUCAGGGUGGUGCUGGGGCUGGCGAUGACGAGGAGGAGGAUUAAGCUCACCCUUCGUUUUCUGGCUAAAGGAUUAUUUUGUUUCCUAGUCACAGAGUAAACCAGGAUGAACAGUC